AUGGUCAAGGCCGUUGUUGCUGGCGCCUCUGGCGGUAUUGGACAGCCUCUGUCCCUCCUCCUCAAGCUCUCUCCUCUCGUCGACGAGCUUGCCCUCUACGAUGUCGUCAACACUCCCGGUGUUGCCACCGAUCUUUCCCACAUCUCAUCCGUCGCGAAGACCACCGGCUACCUGCCCAAGGAUGACGGCGCUAAGGCUGCCUUUAAGGAUGCCGACAUCAUUGUCAUCCCUGCUGGAAUUCCUCGCAAGCCUGGCAUGACCCGUGAUGACCUCUUCAACAUCAACGCUGGAAUCGUCAAGGGCCUGAUUGAGGUCGCCGCCGAGGUCGCUCCCAAGGCAUUCAUCCUUGUCAUCUCCAACCCCGUCAACUCUACCGUCCCCAUUUCCGCCGAGGUCCUCAAGGCCAAGGGUGUUUUUAACCCCCAGCGCCUCUUUGGUGUCACCACCCUCGACAUCGUCAGAGCCGAGACCUUUGUUGCUGAGAUCUCGGGCAAGUCAAAGCCCCAUGAGCUGAACGUCCCCGUCAUUGGCGGCCACUCUGGCGAGACCAUCGUUCCCCUGUUCAGUCAAGUCCAGCCCUCCGUCUCUAUCCCCGACGACAAGUACGAUGCUCUUGUCAACCGCGUCCAGUUCGGCGGUGACGAGGUCGUCAAGGCCAAGGAUGGGGCCGGUUCCGCCACCCUCUCUAUGGCCUAUGCCGGUUUCAGUGGUAGAUUCGCCGAGAAGGUUCUCAAGGCCGUCAAGGGCGAGAAGGGUCUUGUUGAGCCUAGCUACGUCUACCUGCCCGGUGUGCCAGGCGGCAAGGAGAUUGCCGAGAAGACUGGCGUUGACUUCUUUUCCGUUCCCAUCGAGCUCGGCCCUAACGGUGCUGAGAAGGCGAUUGACAUUCUCGGCAACAUCACGGAGAAGGAGAAGAAGUUGCUGGAGGCCGCCGUUGCGGGAUUGAAGGGCAACAUCAAGAAGGGUGUUGACUUUGCCCACAACCCCCCUCAAAAGUGA